UUUUUUAUGCCAGGAAAAAUAAAGUACUUGGUGUCUCGUGCAUUUUCAGAACCUGAUUUCAAAAGGAUCAUGCCAAGGAGAAAAUAAAAUGUAGCUUGGUAGCCUGCUCCACGGGACACAUUUGUUAAUGGAAUAUUUCUACAUCGUUACACCAGAAUGAAAGAAACAGGGUUACCACUGAUUUGAAGCUCGAAAAAAUGAGCAGGCAUAUCUGUUGGAUUUGUAAGCUUUGCAGAGCUGAAUCUAAGAGGCUCCCUUCAAACCUUACAUUGGAAGAAGUUUUAGGAUGGGCCCAAUCUUUGGAAAGUCUGAUGGCUACAAAAUAUGGCCCAGUAGUAUACACAGCAUAUUUAAAAUUGGAGCACAGUGAUGAGAACAUUAAAUUCUGGAUGGCAUGUGAAACCUACAAGAAAAUUGCUUCGCGGAGGGGCAGAAUUUCUAGGGCAAGAAAGCUUUACAGUAUCUACAUCCAUCCACAGUCUCCAAGAGAGAUUAACAUCGACAGUACAACAAGAGAAGCUAUCAUCCAAAGCAUUCAAGACCCAACUCAAACGUGCUUUGAAGAGGCUCAAAAGAUCGUGUAUAUGCAUAUGGAAAUGGAUUCUUAUCCCAGAUUUUUAAAGUCUGAAAUGUACCAAAAACUUCUAAAAACUGUUCAGUCCAAAAGCUCUUGAUUACUUCCCGAAAUUUAAACUGAACGUGGCAUGUUGCAAGUGUUAACUUAAUUUAGAAAAGUAUACAAAUGAGAAUGAUAGUAGAA